UCUGCCGCCGCUGCGCCCUGGCCCCGCCGCCGCCGCUGCCGCCGCAGCUGCAGCUCCGCUCCUGCCCGCGGCGCGCAGAGACCCCAGCCCAGUGGCAGGCUUCAUCAGCAGUUUCUUGAUGUUUGGAAAGUUCUGAGACCCACCUUGUUGGACUACUUGUAACCAGUGCCUAAGACUACAAAAACAUAUGUAUGAAAGCACCGUUCUUUGAAGGUAGCUUCCAUCUCAGUACUGUGGAGAGCUCGUGCAAGCCAAAAGAGCAGUUUGUGCUUCUGUUGGUGCUCGUGUGUAAUCUCUGCUUCUUAUGCACUCCAGCACCCCUAUCAGUUCCCUGUUCUCCUUCACCAGCCCUGCAGUGAAAAGGCUGCUGGGCUGGAAACAAGGAGAUGAAGAGGAAAAGUGGGCAGAAAAAGCUGUUGAUUCCUUGGUGAAGAAGUUAAAGAAGAAAAAAGGUGCCAUGGAAGAACUGGAAAGGGCUCUGAGCUGCCCAGGUCAGCCCAGUAAGUGUGUCACCAUCCCACGUUCCUUGGAUGGGCGGCUGCAGGUGUCUCAUCGCAAGGGGCUUCCCCACGUCAUCUACUGCAGAGUCUGGCGCUGGCCUGAUUUACAGUCUCACCAUGAGCUGAAACCACUGGAAUGUUGUGAGUUCCCAUUUGGCUCAAAACAGAAAGAAGUGUGCAUUAACCCCUACCAUUACCGACGGGUGGAAACCCCAGUCCUACCUCCUGUACUCGUCCCAAGACACAGUGAGUUCAACCCUCACCUCAGCCUCCUCGCCAAGUUUCGAAACACUUCUCUGCACAGCGAGCCACUAAUGCCACACAAUGCCACAUAUCCUGAGUCUUUCCAGCAUCCUCCAUGCACUCCUUUUCCAUCAUCACCCAGCCACAUGUUCUCCCAGUCACCUAACAGCAUCAGCUACCCUGACUCACCAGGAAGCUCUUCUGGACCAGGAAGUCCCUAUCAGCUCACAGUGGAAACUCCACCCCCACCUUACCAUGCCAGAGAACCUCCAGGAAACCACAACGGGAGGUCAGUGGAUGCAAUAGCUGACAGUCAGCUCGUGCUGUCUUUGCCCAAUGGAGGUAAAUCUGCCGAUGGAGAAGCUGAAAACUUUCGACCUGUUUGCUAUGAGGAACCCCAACACUGGUGCUCAGUUGCCUACUAUGAACUCAACAACCGGGUAGGGGAGACUUUCCAGGCUUCCUCUCGAAGUAUCCUUAUAGAUGGAUUUACAGAUCCCUCAAAUAAUAAAAACAGGUUCUGCCUAGGACUGCUCUCAAAUGUAAACCGCAACUCUACUAUAGAAAACACCAGGAGACACAUAGGAAAAGGUGUUCAUCUUUACUACGUUGGUGGAGAAGUUUAUGCUGAAUGUGUCAGUGACAGCAGUAUUUUUGUGCAGAGCCGCAACUGUAACUAUCAGCAUGGUUUCCACCCUGCCACUGUCUGCAAGAUCCCCAGUGGCUGCAGCCUCAAGAUCUUCAACAACCAGCUCUUUGCCCAGCUGCUUGCCCAGUCAGUCAAUCAUGGGUUUGAAGUGGUGUAUGAGCUGACCAAGAUGUGUACUAUUCGAAUGAGCUUUGUUAAAGGCUGGGGAGCAGAAUAUCAUCGCCAAGAUGUUACAAGCACACCCUGCUGGAUUGAGAUCCACCUGCAUGGACCAUUGCAAUGGCUGGAUAAGGUGCUGACACAGAUGGGCUCACCUCAUAACCCCAUCUCUUCAGUCUCUUAAGAAUCAUCUCUAGAAUUCCCUUAGGAUGGAUGCUAUUGCAGGCAGUGGCUUAUAGGAUUCCCAGUGAACAGAAGUUCUAUAUGGAGAUGUAUGUAGAUGUAAAUAUAUCUAUACAUAGUCUACUCUCCCCCUUUUUUUUUUCGUAUACGUUUUGUGGUUUCUAGUUACUCUGAUGCCAGUACAGUAAGUUUAGAAAUUCAGGUAUAGCAUAUAUGUUCUCUAGUACAAAAUAAGCCAAAUUCCUGCAACAGUGUCAAACAUUUCCUGUGAGCAUCUUCAUUCCCCAGCCAAGCCAGUAAACGUUGCAAAUUCUCAGCACCUUCAUGCAGAUUCAGAAACCUGGCUGUAGCUGUUCCUAGUAGGUGAAAUUCACCCCUCUGCAGGCAACCAAAGUCAGAUUUCUGCACCACUUAUAUCCAUUUUGCAUCCUAAUUUCAGGUCUGAAAGAGGACCUUAGGUGGUGCUCAGGACUUAAGCAUAGAGAUGACUUUUAUCCAGUGAACUGAAGUGCAAUUCCAGUCUCCCUGCUGCAAAGUAUAAUGGGACAACAGAUCUUUUUGAGGAGCUGAGACACCUCUGUCUCCCAUAGGAUUUGGCAGGAGGAGAGAGCCCUUGGGACAUGUUCAGCACUGGAGCCUUAUCAGAGCAUUCUGGGCACGUUUGAGUAGCCUGAUACUGUUAACACAGUAGCAUAUGGUACUGCUGC